AUGCUUGUGCACAGCUACCCGGGCAUGGACCGCGCCGAGGGGCUGCCCGGGGCGCCGGCCGGGGCCCGCCUGCCGCAGCUGCCCUCGCUCAACCAGGCGCCCUACGGCUCGGCGCCGCCGCUCUGCCACACGCCCGCCGCCGACUUCCAGCCGCCCUACUUCCCCCCGCCGUACCCGCAGCCGCCGUUGCCCUACCCGCAGGGGCAGGAGCCCGCUUACCCUCACCUGGCGGACCCGUACGCGGCGCUCAGCCCUCUGCACCAGCACCAGCAGCCGGCCUGGCCCCCGCAGCGCGGCCGGCAGGACGAGCCGGGGCUACUCUCGCAGACCCACCGCGCCCUGGGGCUCGACCCCCGCCGCGAUUACCCAGCCGUGCCCCGUCUGCUCCACGGCCUGCCCGACGGUGGCCACGGCCUCGCCGACGGCCCCCUGGGCCUCCACGGCCUCGGCCACCACGGCCUCGAGGACAUCCAGGCCGUGGACGACGGUGGGAUGAACCUGCUCGAUCAGUCCGUGAUCAAGAAAGUGCCCAUCCCCUCGAAGGCCAACGGCACCACCAUCUCCACGCUGUCCAUGAACAAGGACAGCCUGAUCGGAGGGGUCACCAAUCCCAACGAGGUUUUCUGCUCCGUGCCCGGCCGCCUGUCCCUCCUCAGCUCCACCUCCAAGUACAAGGUGACGGUCGGGGAGGUGCAGAGGAGGCUCUCGCCCCCCGAGUGUCUCAACGCCUCUCUCCUCGGCGGGGUCCUCCGCAGAGCCAAAUCAAAAAAUGGGGGUCGGUGUUUAAGAGAAAGGUUAGAGAAAAUUGGACUAAAUCUACCUGCAGGAAGGCGCAAAGCUGCCAACGUCACCCUGCUCACAUCCCUCGUGGAAGGUGAAGCCAUUCACCUGGCUCGGGAUUUUGGGUAUGUCUGUGAGACAGAGUUCCCAGCCAAGGCAGCAGCAGAGUACCUGUGCCGGCAGCACUCCGACCCCACGGAGCUCCACACCAGGAAAAACAUGCUGCUGGCUACCAAGCAAAUUUGCAAGGAGUUUGCAGACCUGAUAGCCCAGGAUCGCUCUCCGCUGGGGAACAGCCGCCCCUCGCUCAUCCUGGAGCCCGGAGUGCAGAGCUGCUUGACUCAUUUCAGCCUCAUCACCCACGGCUUCGGGGGCCCGGCCAUCUGCGCCGCCCUCACCGCCUUCCAGAACUACCUGGUGGAGUCCCUCAAGGGGCUGGAUAAAAUAUUCAUGAACAGCACAGGGAACGGGCACACGACCGGGGACACCAAAGCGUCAGACAAAGAGGUGAAGCAUCGGAAAUAACAGCGCUGCCUCCCCCGGUGGGAGCGUCCCCGGGCACCUGCCAUGGCUCUGGGGGAAACGUGACCCAGUGCACUGUUUGCACUGUUUUCUGAACUGCUGAGUGCGUGAGGAAACUCGUGAAGCAAGCAAAGAAAAUGCAGGAAAAAAGAAGACUUAAAGAAUUUAAGAAGCAAACAGUGCUAAUGAACGUAGUGAGAUUGAGAAAAGCCAGGCUGAUGGCUUUGGGGUUUUGCCUUUUGCCUUUUUUUUUCUUUUUUUUUUUUUUUUGUAACGUGGAUGCAGGAAGCCAAGUCAUGUGCAAUUUGAUUUUAUUUUGCUUUUUAAAAAACCCAUAGUGAAAUCCUGAUGUGGUCCAGGAAUUUGUUCCAGCUGAAAAACUGAGAGGAAAAAGCAAAAGCCUCAUCAGUGCAAGACCCAGAGCAGGAGCAGCAGAGGGCAGGGGACAGAGCCCUGGCUCUACCUGGAUUUAUCCACUGGUGUUGAGGCAAACACAGGAAACCUUUCUCAUUUCCCCACCCACAGCCCAGCCCUGAUGCCAGGCCAAGGAAAAUUUGCUGGCAGAACUGCUGUGGAUUUAAAGCAGGUCCAGGCCUUGUUUACAGCUUCAAACUGAGACUCACUGUGGAUUUUCCUGUGGGCUGGGGAGCCCCAAGCCACGGCACGAGGGAGGAACAACCACACAGCCAACAGGUCCCAGGGCAGAACUGGGGGGAGCCCCCUUGACUGCUGCCCUUCCAGCUGGGGAUAAGGCAGGUGAAGUUAAACCCAGGACUAAAUAAAACUCCACAACCUACAGAUAACAGCACACAAGUUUCUAAAAUUAGUAAUAAUAAUAAAUAAAGCACAAGGAGCAGAACUUGAACCAGGCCAAACUGAACUGUUCUAAAUCUGUAUAUAUUUAUUUAUGUGUAAUUAAAAUCUGAAAGUUUUAAAAUGUCCAGUGCAAGUUAUUUAUAUCAAAUUGAGUUGGAUUUUUUUGUUUUGCCUUUUUUUGUUUGUUUGUUUGUUUUGGGUUGGGUUUUUUUUUCUUUUGAAAGAUGAAAAUCUUUGGAUUUUCUGCCAUUAGAAAUGGGAAUGAAGUUUUGGAUCCACCAAACUGUAGCAUGGACACAUUAGGCUGUGAUGAUGAUGACUCUAGAAGUUCUGCAGGAUUUUGUACUUGCUGUUGUUUCUCUUAAUGCUGCAAUAGAUGUACAACAACCACACUACAAUGUCAUUCUCAUUCUCUUAAUAAACCUCUUUUUAUUUGAAGAAAGCACCUCCAUCGUCUUUGUGAGUAGGAUCCUUUGCCUCUGUGGUUGUGUCUUAAAAGGGAUUAUAUAGUUUAUUAUAUGGAAAUGAUAUAAAAUUGCAUAGAUUUAAGAGAGAAUUCUCCAGUUUCAUGGCUGGGGGAUGAGUGCUGCCACAAGCAGAGCUCAGGGGGUGACAGGAGCUGCUGUUCCUGCCUGGUGUCCCCAGCCCUUGUGCCGAGCCAGCUGGCGCCAGUGGAGAUGAAUGAGUUUGCUGAUGUUUCAGAACUACUCAGGGUAGUCAAAUCUAAACCUGUCUGUGAGGAGCUGCAGAAGGACCUCCUGGUAUCAGUGAUGAAACAGAAGAUAAAACAGCCCCACUGAUCUCCAGGCAAUGAAGCUCCAAAUGAGUUGCAUUCGUGGCAUCACCAC